UCUUUUUUUUAGCUUCACAGAGGCAUGAUACGGUGACUGAAUCUAUUGUUUGUCUGCUACUCCACUCAGGUGAACUUGGGAUAUUCAAACAGCAUUUCUAUUCAGUUUCCUCAGAGGAUGGGGUCAGAUUACAUUCCACUGAGAAAAACUUUUUGAUAACCCUUCUUCUCUCUCUAACUUUCCAUUCUCCCACUAACAAUUUGCUAUCACACAGCAUAUGCAGCUGUUCAGCAUAUCCAAUAAGAGUGUGUUACACACACUCUUUGAGAUCUACACUCUCUUAUGGAUACUUUCCUAUGGUCAAAGCAAGAUUCCAGAUGCUCAUGUCACCUGCAUCUACUCUGAAGACUGUAUCUUGCCCUGCACCUUCCCUCCCUCUACUGACGAGGUUGUUUUUCAGUGGUACAAACAGGGAACACUGAUAUACAGUUUCCUGGAGGAUGAAGAUGAAUCUGUUAACAGCAACAUUUCAGUGUUUACUGAUGAAGUGUCACAUGGCAAUGCCUCUCUGCUUUUGGAGGAGAGCAGUAUAAAGAACCGAGGGCGCUAUAAAUGUGUAGUUAAUACCACCAAGGCUGUUCAGGAGUCUGAUGUCAUAGUCAAGGUUGAAGCUCCUAUCAGUGGGAUUGCCAUCGAGGUCAGUCCGACUGAGCAUGUGCAGUGCUCUUCACAUGGUGUGUACCCUGCUCCGCUGCUUAAGUGGUCUACAGAGCCAAGCUUUGCUCCCACUUCCCUGCAAGCUGUCACUCGAAUAAGUGCAGAUUCAAAUGACCUGUAUAGUAUAGAGAGUACACUAAAGAAAAUGAGCACAAAUUCAACUCUUACCUACAUCUGCAGCAUCACAUCAAAAUACAGCUCACAGUCUUGGAGAGCCUCACUGCUUCAGACAGAAAUGACUGUAAAUUACGGGCAACACCUGGUCAUUCCAUGCAUGGCUCCUAAGAAUCUUAAAAACCACACUCUCACUUGGACUUUCAUAAGUAUGAACACGCACACAGACAUCCUGACCUAUUACAGUCAAACCCACAGGAUCAAAAACCACUGGGAUGGCCAGGCAGAAUUGGAUCUGAGCAAGGCUCUGAUGGGAGAUGGAUCGCUUUACUUAAACAGUUUAGGCUCAAAGCAUUCUGGAAUAUACACCUGUACAUUCACAGGUUCCCAGGCCAAACACAUAGUUCAAACCUUAGUCAAAAUCAGUGCUUCCAAGGCAGUUUCACAGACAGGUAAUGGUGGGUCCAAGCUUUGGGUUCUGGCCAUCUUAGUAGCUGCUCUGCUUCUCCUCUGUGUCAUUUUCUACAUAUACAGAAAAUUCAAAGUAGGUAAGUCUAAACAUUCAUGGCAAGACCACCAACAAGACACAGAGAUGCAGGCUAUGCAUGAAGGCCAUUCAGUGGAGGAGAUACCAGCAGAAAAUAAACCUCUUGCAGAGCACAGCAAAGGAGACUUGUAGCUAUAGAAAAGGUGGCUGGGGAGUUAAGAAAAGGGCAAAUGCACACACAAAGGAAAAUCUGUACAGUAAUGAACUCCAUGGCAUCCAUUUUGUGCAGUAUCAAGUUAAGUACUCUGUAUAUGUACUGUAGUAUAGGGGAAAGAUCCUUUAAACUGAGUAAAUA